CCUGCGCGGAGGUGUGGUUUGGGUUCACGGCUCAUUCAGGACGCCGCUGCUUGCCGACUUAAUCUCCAUCCAAUCCAAUUGAUCUUGAGGAGAUUGCCCUUAGUGGGCAGAGACAAGGUCCCCGUGCAGAGGCUAAUUCAGUGUCAGUGUGUGAAGCGCCACUUGUUGCUCGUGCCCUCGAGGCAGCCAUCGCUCUUGUUAUUUGCCUUGUAUUAUGAUCGCUGGAGACCCCUCAGUUGUAACGUCUCUCAGCCCCGAUGAGUCAGAAGAAAAUAACAUUCGCCAUGAGGUCUCUGUAUGGACUCUAUCCCUACAAGUCCAGCAUGAUGGGCCUGGAGAACCUGGGCGACCCGUCGGGUGACUGGGACAUCGUGGAGACCAUCGGCAAAGGGACGUACGGCAAGGUUUACAGGGUGACCAGCAAGAAGGACGGGAGCCAGGCGGCGGUGAAGGUGCUGGACCCCAUCAAUCAUCCGAAGCAGUCGAACAGAGAUGUGGACGAGGAGAUCGAGGCGGAAUACAACAUCCUGAGGUCUCUGUCCAACCACCCCAACGUGGUGAAGUUUUAUGGCAUGUUCUACAAGUCCGACAACGUGUCAGGCGGACAGCUGUGGCUGGUGCUGGAGCUGUGCAACGGCGGCUCCGUCACAGAGCUCAUCAAAGGCCUGCUCAUGCGGGGCAAGCGUCUGCAGGAGCCCGUUAUCGCAUACAUCUUAUACAGCGCCCUGUUGGGUCUCCAGCAUUUGCACAACAACCGGAUCAUCCAUCGUGACGUCAAAGGCAACAACAUCCUCCUGACGACCGAGGGAGGAGUCAAGCUCGUUGACUUUGGCGUCUCGGCACAAUUGACCAGCGCACGACUGAGGAGGAACACGUCGGUGGGGACUCCAUUUUGGAUGGCUCCCGAGGUCAUAGCCUGCGAGCAGCAGUAUGAUUACUCGUACGACGCCCGCUGCGACGUGUGGUCGCUCGGCAUCACGGCCAUCGAGCUGGCAGACGGAGACCCCCCCCUGGCUGAGAUGCAUCCGGUUAAAGCCCUCUUCAAGAUCCCACGAAACCCGUCGCCCACGCUGCGAAAUCCUGAACAGUGGUGCAGAAGUUUCAGCCACUUCAUCGGCCAGUGCCUGAUAAAGGACUUCGAGGCGCGUCCGUCGGUGACUCACCUCCUGGAGCAUCCCUUCGUCAAACAGGCCCACGGCAAAGACGUGGCCCUGCCCCAGCAGUUAGCGGCUCUCAUCAAGGAGCAGCAGGAGGUGGGCUGCAGGACCAAAACCAAGCACGAGCGGAUCAAUACUCGUAAAACGCUCAUAAUAGAGAGCUGCCGUGAUGACGAUCUGGUGAACCUGGAGUUCUUAGACGAGGAGAUAAUCAUCGGCCAUCUCCAGAGGAGGUACGACGAGCUGCAGGUGUACACGUACGUGGGCGACAUCCUCAUCGCGCUGAACCCCUUCCAGAACCUCAGCAUCUACUCCCCCCAGUUCUCCAAGCUCUACCACGGCGUGAAGCGCUCCGACAACCCCCCGCACAUCUUUGCCACCGCAGAUGCUGCCUAUCAAGGCAUGGUGACGUUCUGCAAAGACCAGUGUAUCAUCAUCAGCGGAGAGAGUGGUGCGGGGAAAACGGAGAGCGCUCAUUUAAUAGUUCAGCAUCUGACUUUCCUGGGAAAGGCAAACAACCGAACGCUGCGUGAGAAGAUUCUGCAGGUCAACCCCCUGGUGGAGGCCUUCGGGAACGCAUGCACCGCCAUCAACGACAACUCCAGUCGCUUCGGGAAGUACCUGGAGAUGAAGUUCACGCCCACCGGAGCCGUGAUCGGAGCCAAGAUCUCCGAGUACCUCCUGGAGAAAUCCAGGGUCAUCAAACAGGCCAUGGGGGAGAAAAACUUCCACAUAUUCUAUUACAUGUACGCUGGACUUUACCACCAGGGCAAACUCAAGACUUUCAGGCUGCCAGACCGGACCCCUCCCAGGUACAUCGACAGUCAGCACCGCAGAGUGAUGCAGGACAUCGUCUCCAGCAAACUGUACAAGGAGCAGUUCGACGCCAUCCAGGACUGCUUCAGGAACAUCGGCUUCACCGAGGAGGAAGUCAACUCGGUUUACAGGAUCCUCUCGGCCAUUUUGAACACGGGCAACAUUGAAUUUGCCGCCAUCACGUCCCAGCACCAGACCGACAAGAGCGAGGUGCCCAACGCAGAGGCCUUGGAGAACGCCGCGUCGCUCCUCAGCAUUGGUCCCGAGGAGCUCCAGGAGGCGCUGACCUCCCAGUGCGUGGUCACGAGGGGCGAGACCAUCAUCCGCACCAACACGGUGGACAAGGCGGCGGACGUCCGCGACGCCAUGUCCAAGGCGCUGUACGGCCGCCUCUUCAGCUGGAUAGUCAACCGCAUCAACACCUUGCUGCAACCUGACGUCAACGUCUGUGCCGCGGAGAGCGGCAUGAAUGUGGGAAUCCUGGACAUCUUCGGGUUCGAGAACUUCAAAAAGAACUCCUUCGAGCAGCUGUGCAUCAACAUCGCCAACGAGCAGAUCCAGUUCUACUUCAACCAGCACAUAUUCGCCCUGGAACAGAUGGAGUACCAGAGCGAGGGAGUGGAUGCCAGCCUGGUGGAGUACGAGGACAACAGGCCCAUCCUGGACAUGUUCCUGCAGAAGCCCAUGGGCCUGCUGUCCCUGCUGGACGAGGAGAGCCGCUUCCCUCAGGCCACGGACCAGACCUUAGUGGAUAAGUUUGAAGACAAUUUGCGCUGCAAGUAUUUCUGGAUACCAAAGCGUGUGGAGCUUUGCUUUGGAAUCCAGCAUUAUGCAGGAAAGGUAAUGUACAGCGUGAAUGGGUUUUUGGAGAAGAACCGCGACACUCUUCCUGCCGACAUCGUGGUGGUGCUGAGAACUACGGAGAACAAGCUUCUGCAGCAGCUGUUCUCCAGCCCCCUGACUAAAACAGGGAACCUGGCGACGUCCAGGGCCAGGAUCACGGCGGCCUCCAGGUCUCUGCCGCCGCAGCUCAGUUCCGGACGCAGCAAGUCUCCCAAAUACCUAUUGAAGGUGGACACCAUGGAGAUGAUGCGUCACCCCGACGAGACCACCAACAUGAGGAGACAGACUGUGGCCUCCUAUUUCCGCUUCUCCCUCAUGGACCUGCUCUCCAAGAUGGUGGUGGGCCAGCCGCACUUCGUGCGCUGCAUCAAGCCCAACGACGACCGGCAGGCGCUGCGCUUCUGCGAGGAGCGCGUGACGGUGCAGCUGCGCUACACGGGCAUCCUGGAGACCGUCAGCAUCCGGCGCCAGGGCUUCUCCCACCGCAUCCCGUUCGAGGAGUUCGUCAACAGAUACUACUGCCUGGCGUUUCGGGCUCACCAGAUGCCGCAGGCCAUCAGAGAGAACGCCGCCGCCAUACUGGAGCGAGCCCAGUUGGAGGACUGGGUGCUGGGCAGGACAAAGGUUUUCCUCAAGUACUACCACGUGGAGCAGCUGAACCUGCUGCUGAGGGAGGUGAUCGCGCGGGUGGUGGUGAUGCAGGCGUACACCAAAGGCUGGCUCGGCGCCCGGCGCUACCGCCGGGAGAGGCAGAAGAGGAACCGCGGCGCCGUCAUCAUCCAGUCAGCCUGGAGGGGCCACGUCGCUCGCCAGAACCUGAAGCAAGUGAAGAGGGAGCGCGAGGAGGCCGCCAUCCGCAUCCAGUCAACUUACAGGGGCCAUCGGGUGCGUAGGGACCGUGGCCCCCAGGGCCCCGGACGUCACCCGGAGGCUGGAGGAGGGACCACCGCGGAGCACAAGGGACUUAACAGCCCAGAGAGCAAAGAGUCACAUAUAGAUCACACGCGCACAGGAAACGUUGGCCCCGACAGCCGAGACAGACAAGCCAGAGACGUCAGGAGAGACAAAGGCAGAGCGGGAGACAGUGGAGCGAAGCCUUGCAGGGAGACAGCCAGACUGCGAGACGCGCAGUGUAAACAAGGUCCAGCGAUGAAGCUGCAGAGGACUCCUCGCCGGCGGGGCCAGCAGCCCAAGCUGCUCAACAGCCCUGAAGACAGCCUGUACUACAACCAGCUAAAUAGAACUCUGGAUUACCAGGGGAGCAAGAGGAAGCCGAGAAAACUUGGUCAAAUCAAAGUGCUGGACGGAGAAGAUGAGUACUACAAAUUACUGUCAACGGUGGAGUCGGUCCCCGAGGAGGAGUGUGCGACCGGCCCCCCCUCCUGCCCCUUCUAGCGCCCCCCCUCCUCCUCCUCCUCGUCAGUCAGAGCCCAGCUUUACAAGCACGUCCGCCGCGCCCCCCGUUGUCAGACGAUCACAUUAUCCCCAGAAGCCUAAGUCGCUGCAGCCAACAUCAAUGCAUGGAAGAUAAUUAUCAUUUUACAUUGGAUGCAAUUGGGAGGAAGAAAUAUGCAGCUCAACAAAGAAGUGUAAUCAAAACCUCUACACAGAACUGAAUUAGUAGAAUUUAAAGCUGCUUGUCACCAAGAGAAGCUCAGGUUAACUGCCUCAUUACAGCACAUCACUCAGUGUUUAUUUAUAUUGUUACAAUAACUAAUUAAAAGUAAUUAAUAAUAAUAGUUAUAGAAGAACUGCUCAUACCUGUUACUACAGCAGCCAGGUUAUUAAUGUCGGUAUUGUGAUGAUGGUAAUAAAUUCAAAUCAUAUAAUAUUAAAAAAAUCCUUAGAACGAGCGUGUAUUUGUCACAAAAGAGGAGUUAUGCGGGAAACGCUGCAGCAUCAGGCGAGAGUUGACCGUUUGAACUGAGAAGUCUUUAUCCACAUUUUCUGAUCCUAUUAUGAGACGACGCCUAUAGACAUUGUCGCAGGCUCUCAUCAUUCUCCAUUGUUCAGGAGACAGUGAGACUCUUCUUUCUCUUCAUCGGAAAAGGACAUUGUUCAUUUUCCCAAAACAAAUGGAAGGUUUAAGAACUGCGAAAUUGGUUAUCAAUUACAAAUUCCAAAACGCAACGGCAUUGUAUAAAAACAUCAUUACAGCUGUGAUUAUGUCUGAUUCAGAGUAUUAAUUCAAUCCUGUGCUUAAAGUCACGUUUCUUACAGCUCUUAUUGCCGUUGAGUGUUAUUUAUUUAUGAAUAUGAUCAGACUCCAUAUGCGCUGAUGAGCAGGACCACAGGGGGCGGCUCCCACCCUGAAGCCCGCCCAGUACAGUAAGUGCAUCUUGUUUUAGUUAAGCUCUUUCUGUUUCCCCCAGAUUUGGCCUGAAUGAUGCCGUCAUGCACGUUUAACAAGCCUGUCAUGAUGCUGUUACAAAUAAUAUCCUAACGCCUGUUAACGCGUUGAGGUACAGCGUGCGAUGGAGUUUAUAUGUUUCGACUUUCCGGUGAACAGUUGAAUAAUUCAUUCAGCGACGACUCCUCACAGACGUAUCAACUGCCGUGACUGACUUGUAGUGACAUGAAUCAAAUCCCUGGUGUCAACAACUGUGCUGCCUGAGACUCUGCAGACACACACACACACACACACACACACACACACACACACACACACACACACACACACACACACACACACACACACACACACACACACACACACACACACACAAACCCACAGGAACUCCCUUAUAUUCAAUAUCCAACACUGUUGAACACGGGCAGUUGUCAAGCUUUUUAAAUUUGUAGUUUAUAUGUAGUGGCUUCAAGAUGUGAAGUUUGAUUCGUCCGUCACAGAUGUGUCAAGUUCUGGACUUUAGAUUUUUAGCACGUGGAAGAAUUAAGCUUCAGCCUGAAGCUGAAUUUACUGAAUCACCAGUAGCUUUCAGCCGCAGAGCUCCCCUCACUGGUGACAGAGUUGUCAGCUUAGCUGGGAUUUUGCAGAAAGGCACUUGAUCUUAAAAAAAAAAAAAAGUGCGUUCAAAGACAUCAGAAACAUAUAGUGUGAUAA